ACAUGUAUAUGUAUGUCACUACAGUAUGAUUCAGCCAGCUCAGGAUAAUUACCACAGUGUUUGAGAUAAUGAUACAGGUUUAGUGGCUGUCAUAGCCAGGGUUGGAUCCUAAGAGUGAUUCAGUGGCAUCAUUUAUGUCCGUGGUAGUUCUGAUAGAGCAGACAGCAGUCUUACACAAGUCUUCAGCAGGAAGAACUACUGCACAUGCUGUCAACUUCUCACCAUGAGUGGAUAUGACGAUCAAGACUUUCAAUAUGCUCAGCUCUCCACCACAGAUCCAGAUGAGUUCUUUGGUGACCAAAACAAGCAUGUGCCUCUACCUUGGGAGGAUUUCAUGGGUAUGACAGUGACAUCAGGCAGUGUGGUGCUGCAGAAAGAUACUCAGAACUUGAUUGGGAUCAGCAUUGGUGGUGGCGCCCCACUGUGUCCAUGUCUGUAUGUGGUGCAGGUGUUUGACAACACGCCGGCUUCCAAGGAGGGCUCCCUGGCUGCUGGAGAUGAGAUCGUGGGUGUAAACGGACAGUCGGUCAAAGGACGUACCAAGGUGGAAGUGGCCCGAGCUAUCCAGUCUAUAAAGCAGGCGGAGGUGACCAUCAACUAUAACAAGCUUCAUGCAGAUCCUAAACAAGGAAAGACUUUAGAUAUAGUACUGAAGAAAGUGAAGCACCGUGUGGUGGAGACAAUGAACUCCAACACUGCAGAUGCUCUUGGCCUCAGCAGAGCUAUCCUGUGUAACGAUGGGCUGGUCAAGAAGCUGGAAGAGCUAGAGAACACAGGUGGCAUGUACCAGGGUCUCAUUGACCAAACCAAGAGGCUGUUGAAGGCCACCUUUGACCUGUCAAAGUCCCAUAAAGCCUUUGGGGAGGUGUUUAAUUGUAUUGGGAUGAGAGAGCCACAGCCUGCUGCUGGGGAGGCCUUCACUAAAUUUGGAGAAGCUCACAAGAACAUGGAAAAGUUUGCCAUAAAAAUGCUGAAGACUGUCAAGCCAAUGAUUAGUGAUCUCAACACUUUCUUAAACAAGGCUGUGCCAGACACAAGGCUGACCAUCAAGAAAUACCUGGAUGCAAAGUUUGAAUACUUGUCGUACUGCCUGAAGGUGAAGGAGAUGGAUGAUGAGGAGUAUAGUUACGCUGCCCUGCAAGAGCCUCUCUACCGGGUCGAGACUGGCAACUACGAAUACAGGCUUGUAUUACGGUGUCGCCAGGAAGCUCGCACCAGGUUUGCCAAGAUGCGGUCUGAUGUCCUUGUCAAAAUGGAGUUACUGGACCAAAAACAUGUUCAAGACAUCGUGUUCCAGCUGCAGAAAUUUGUGACAGCCAUGGCCAAGUAUCACAAUGACUGUCACAGUGUUAUGAAAGAUGCAGUAGUUUUCCCCAUUGAGGUAGACCUUUCUCGAGGCACCUUCACAUAUGACAUUGACAAUACCUUCAAUGAUGGAGAGGAUGAUGACGAAGGAGAGGAGGCAGUGGAGGAGGGAGACGACACCGGGGCAACACGAGGUGAUACCGAGUUCAGCUUUGGGGAGACAGGGAAUCUCAUCAGCACUGACUGAUUUCAUGGCAGACAUUCAGCAUGUGGAUCUCCAGUCCCAGAUUCACUUGCCUGACCAAACUAUACGGAUUUGCAAGCAUGAGGAACUUCUGCAUUCAGUUGUCCAUUUUACUGAAAGGCUGCAGUGACUUCAAGCAAUCACAUAAAAGCAGGCUUAUGCUUCUUACCCACUUAGUUUUAGUCCAAGUGAAGCAGCUGAAGUUGAAGGUUAAUAUGAGAUGAUACAAUGUUGAAAAUAUAUACCAAGUGACAGGAUGGGAUCUAAUUGCCCUAGGCAAAAUUUGAAAAAGGAUUGGGUAAAAUGUGAGUUAGUAGUAAGGUUGAGUUUCAUUUCAUACUCAGACCAGUGUAUAAAUAGUUUUGAUAUGUGGCCUGUCCAAGGACUGGCUGUCCCAAAAAGUGGCUUGUCCUGAACAAACACAGCCAGUGCCAAAAACUAAAACCAUAAAAAAAUCAACAAAUAUUGAAACGAAAACGAGAAAGAGCAUGAUUGCUAAGAUGAAGUUCAAAACAAAUGAAGUUUGUUUUUGUUUUUUCAAAUAUUUCGCCCGACCAAAGGAUGGAUUUACUUACUCAAUAGACUGUCCUUCACAAAAAUAGACCGUCAAGGACGGUGGUGUGGGCUAUAUUUAUACACUGCUCAGAGCUAAUGAAAUGAGGUGUGAAUGCCUGAUGAAGACAGGAUGGAAAUGUUUUGCAUAAUUAACACUCUGUAUCAUAUGCUUUAUACACCUGUGGUUAUCAACUAGAUUACCAAAUUGACCAGUUGUGUGGACAGAGUAAAACACUAUGGUGGACAUGUGUAGUUAUUGGGUUGUAGCUGUUGUUUCCCAAGUUAUCUUUCACAUUCCACAUGGCAUUCCAUGAACAAUUGUUUAAUGGGCAGAUGGAGACUGUUUACAAGUGUUAACAUGAUACAACCACAUUCAUUGCAUCUUCAGUGUCUUGUAUAUCUUACAUUUAGUUCUCUUUAGUAAAGACUUCCUCAGCCAUGACAAUAUGUUGCAGUACUUUCAUGGAGAUCUGUGCCACAGGUGUAGUGAGGCUCUCUUGGGUCAACAAUAUAUGUGAGGUUUGGAUCUCCCAGAACUGCAGUUGGCUGUGGUUCUAUGUUGUGUGAUGCAUUGAACUUCGUGCAAUAUCUACUAAUUGUAAUGUUGUUACUGUUCAAAGAAAAUAAGAAAUAAUAAAAGUAUACCAGUGAAA